AUGGCAGAUACCCACGAAGCCCUUGAUGUGCUCAUAAUUGGAGCUGGUAUCGCCGGCCUUUCAGCAGCGAUCGCCCUUGGAAAACAAGGGCACCGAGUGGUGAUUCUUGAAAAGUCAGGCUUUUUAAAAGAGACUGGUGCGGCAAUUCAUCUCCCUCCGAAUUGCACCGCGCUGCUUCGUUGGAUGGACAUCGACCCUACUGACUUUGGAGGCACACUGUUACGAAAGGAGUGGUAUCUUGUUCAUCGGGUUGACUUGCAUAACCACCUUAAACAACGCGCGCUGGAGACAGCCACGCUACACACUCGAUGCAUUAUCACAGGUAUUGACAUUGAGACAGCUCGCCCUUCUGUUACUCUGACAGACGGUCGUAUCUUUGAAGCCGAUCUCCUUCUCGGCGCAGAUGGACUACAUUCUCAAAUUCGUCCAAGUAUCGCCCCGGGUGCUCCUGCCCCAUAUCCAGUGGGCAAGUCGUGCUUUCGAUGGCUUAUACCUACUGAAGAUCUGAAGCAAUAUGAGAGCACGGCAGAAUUUGUCGGUGGCUCAGGCGUGUUCAUGGAAUGGGCAGCAGACGAUAGGCGCCUUGUUGCAUACCCCUGCUCUGACGACAAGGUGUUCAAUCUUUGUGCUUUCAUGCCAUCGGCGGAGGCAAAAGCUACAACAACCAGCGAUGGGUGGCAGAUCACCGGAGACAAGGCCAGUAUCGCCCAAGGCUUCUCCAAAUUCUCACCGGGCGUCAAAAAAAUCAUCGAAAGUGCUGGUGACAACCUCAAAGUCUGGGACUUGUACGAUAUGGAAGGUCUCCCGACCUGGACCCAACAACAUGCCGCACUUGUGGGAGAUGCCGCGCAUCCAUUUCAGCCAUACAUGGGCCAGGGAGGAGCCAUGGCUAUUGAGGAUGCUGUAAGUAUCGCGACUCUGCUUCCUCUUGGGACUCCCUGUAGCGAGAUCCCAACCCGCUUGGAGAUGUAUCAAUCCGCGCGUCGGCCGCGGGUUGAUCUUGUCCUUGAGUACACCCGUCGGAACGGGAAAGAUGAGAAUGACAGCACAAGUGCUCGAAUUUCACCCGCGGAGAUGGUCAAAUUUAUGGGUAUUUGCUUUUCUCAUAACGAGAUUGAGGCUUGCAAAAAGAUGCUCGAAGCCAAAUAG